GCUCAACCUCAUAGAUCUGGCGGGAUCUGAACGUCAGACAUUUGAUCCGCACAAUCCUUCAGCGCACGAGAGCAUCCGGGUGAAGGAGGCUGGCGCAAUCAACCGGAGCCUGAGUGCUCUCACGAACGUCAUCAUGUCUCUUUCGCACGGUCGACGGAAAGUUUCCGCUGCAGGGCAGCGGCAGCCAUUCGUCCGGUAUCGUGACAGCAAGCUCACCUUCCUUCUACGAGAUUCCUUGGGUGGCAACUCGAAGACGGUUAUUGUUGCUUGCAUCUCUCCUGCGGCCAUGUGCUUUGGGGAGACUUUGUCGACCCUAAAGUUUGCCUCCAGAGCAAAGCACAUCCGCUGUGCAGCCGUAAUGAACGAGGAGUACUCUGGCACUGUGGAGUCUUUGGUUCUUGAGGUGAAGAGCCUUCGCCAGCAGCUUGACCUGCUUUCCAGCCGUGGGCUGGCCAUGGAGGCCAGCGACCUGAAGACAAGAUCGUCUUCAUCAAGGCCAAGGGACACUCGGAAGC